UUCAGUGAUAAGUCGUCGCCAUCUUCAUCUCGCCAAGGCCCGAGGCUGUCCGCCCUCGUUGCCCCUUGCCCCUCACCACCGAGAUGGCGCCCUCUCACGAAGCCGCCGUCAGCCACAUCUCGGCUGCCGUGAGGGCCUUGUUCUUCCGGCGCGAGUCGUUCCGCGUCUUCCACGGCUCCACCAACAGCACCCGGCCAGGCCACUCCGGCCGGGUGGUCGACAUCAGCGCCCUCUCCAACGUCCUCGAGGUCGAUGAGGCGUCGCAAACGGCCAUCGUGGAGCCGAACGUGCCCAUGGACAAGCUCGUUCGGGCGACCCUCGCCCGCGGCAUGAUCCCGCCCGUUGUCAUGGAGUUCCCGGGAAUCACCGUGGGCGGCGGCUUUGCCGGCAGCGCAGGCGAGAGCAGCUCGUUCAAGUACGGCUACUUCGACCAGACGGUCAAGUCCGUCGAGAUGGUGCUGGCGACCGGGGACGUCGUCAAGGCCUCGCCGUCGGAGAACCCGGACCUGUUCCGCGGCGCAGCAGGGACGGCCGGCACCCUAGGCAUCACCACAAAGCUGGAGCUCGGCCUCAUCCCCGCGAGGCGCUUUGUCGAGCUCGCAUACCGCCGCUGCGCAACCGUGCCGGAAACGAUUGCAGCCGUGCGGCAGGAAACCGAAAACCCAGAGAACGACUACGUCGACGGCAUCAUCUUCUCUAACACUCACGGCCUCGUCAUGACGGGCAAGCUCACGGAUGAUAUCCCUCAGACCAAAAAGCCGCAAACAUUCAGCGGCGCGUGGGAUCCGUGGUUCUACCUCCACGCUGAGGCAAAAUCGCUGCAAACUGCUCCUUCCACAGACCACAUUCCAAUCGCCGAGUACCUCUUCCGCUACGACCGCGGCGGUUUCUGGGUUGGAGCCGAAGCGUUCAAGUACUUUUCCUUUGUCCCCUUCAAUCGCUACACCAGGUGGUUCCUCAACGACUUCAUGCACACGCGCAUGCUAUACCGGGCCCUCCAAGGGAGCAACAUGUCCUUCGGGACCAUGGUCCAGGACCUCUCGCUGCCGUACGACACGGCCGCCGACUUCAUCGAGUACACGUCCCGGGACCUGGGCAUCUGGCCGCUGUGGCUCUGCCCCCUCCGCGCCACCACAGCGCCCACGUUCCACCCCUUCACCACGGACGAAAGGGGCGACGGGUCGCCGCAGCCGAUGCUCAACAUCGGGCUCUGGGGCGCCGCGUCCAGGGACAUGGACACCUUCGUCCGCCAGAACCGCGAGCUGGAGGCCCGGCUCACCGAGCUGGGCGGCCGCAAGGUGCUCUACUCGCACACGUACUACACCGAGGGCGAGUUCUGGCGCCUGUACGACCGCGCCUGGUACGAGGGCCUGCGCCGGCGGUACGAGGCCACCUCGCUGCCGAGCCUCUACGACAAGGUCCACGUCGACGUCGACAAGGCACGCAAGGCGCGGGGCACGUCGUGGGUCCGCCGGCUGGCUGCCCUGUGGCCGCUUCCCGGGCUCGCGGGGAUCUGGUCGGCUAUUCGGAGCGGGGAUUACCGGAUCCAUCGGAGGUAUUGGAAGGCCAUGGAGGCGGGCGAGAGGUGAGACCGGUCAUGGCGGCUGGCUUGACUCGAUAUCGAAUGUUCUAAGCUGGUGGAAGGCAAUGACCACGUCAGUCACAGCCGCAACCGUCACUGCCAGGGGCAAUGCGUCAAUAGAUGGCUCGUAUUGGGACUACCAAAGGCUAGGCUUCAUUCAAAUGUUGCAGUGGUCAGGCCCGUUGCAUUUGAGGAGCGAUGCCGACGCCGACGCUAACGCCGACAACCC